AUGUGUAUCAGGUCAUAUAAUAUGUGGAGUCUUCUUUGGUUCUUCAUCCUUCUACCUAAAGGCAUUGAAGCUCAAGUUACAUCCCAAGAACUCUUGAAAACAGCAGGAGAGAAUGUUACACUAGACUGUCCACAGCUAGAAGACAGUGAUCAGUUUAAUAGUAUUAUUUGGUAUAAAAAUUUAACUCCUUUCAUCAAGAUUGGGAAGAAUCAGCAUGUAGAAUAUACCCCCAGCAGCUUGGCACAGAAGGUAACUGUGACAAAGAGUCACCAGAUUAUCUUGACCAGCCUGGAGUUUGUAGAUUCAGGGGUGUAUAUAUGCCAGAUGUAUGUGUUGAAAGAUUUAAACUGGGAACCACGGAAAACAAGCCAUAACUUGUUGGUCAAAGACGUACCGAGUGCACCUGGCAAACCAGUAGUGAAGAAUGUAAAGUCCAGGCAAGCAGAGAUCACAUGGUUGCCAGCAAGUCCUAACAAUAGUCCUGUCUUGUAUUAUAAUGUCAGUAUCAGGGAGUGUGAGACCAGUAAUACAAGAAAUGAAGCAACAUGGAACAAUUCCACAAUGAUCACAGUACAGGGUCUACUGCCUUACACAUGUUAUAUAGCCACUGUGGCAGCCAUCAGUGUGGUUGGACAAGGUAUGUCCAGUGAAGCAAGCAAUCAGUUUGUCACU